AUGUCGACUACCUACACCAUCAUGAUCCAAAAUGCCCAUGGUCAGAAUGGUGACUACGCAAUCUUCAACAGCCCCCCCGCAGUUACGACUGACACCGGGUCCCCUGACGUUUAUACCAACAUCUGGGCGAGCAGCUUUAUUCCUAAUGGGGGAAACACCACUUUGAGCACUACAGAAGACUUUUAUGCUUGGGCUGGCACCACACCAGCCACGCCGACCCCUGGUGUUACGGUUCAGACUGGAAGCUCGCAAGUUGCACAGAUUGGAAUUCAUGGUAAUCCUGGAUCCACCUUUCCCAUGACUGUUACUUCCGGAGUGCCGGUGCUUGGAGCUCCAACUCUCACGGCCCGCCAGGGAGCUUUUGAAAUCGACACCGACAUGAGCUUCGUCACCCCCAACUCCACAUACUUGGUCGGUUUAGGAAAGAUCAACCCUGGUCUUGGUGCUGUCGGUCCUGUCGCAAGUAUACUCGCCGACAACAACUCACGGAUUACCGUUCAGCCCAUUAUGAAGUUCUUUGUGGCAACCUCUUCCUACAGGGCUGGGCAGAUUGUGAACUUUGCGACGGCUACCAUGGACGCGGGAGUGGUGGACUUUAGUACCGGGCUCGGCAUAGGCAAGAACACGGCAGUUAUCACACACGAUAAUACCGGCGCGUUCACCACCAGAUACUUGACCCAGUCACAGACGGUUCUGGCCUUGGAUGCCGCCAAGAACAAGUCACUGCCCAGCUUUCUUAAGCAGCUGGCCGGCAAUGACAAAAAGUUCCAGCUGAAUCAAGUCAUAGAGACGCUCAGAACCAUUCUGAGUAGCUUUGACGAUGACACAACCUCAAAUUCUGAUUUGAUACCCGACAGCCCUCUACACUGGAUCGGUAGAGUCAAGUGGCCAGCCGCCGUAGCCUUUUCCGUCGCCGCUGCAGGCGCGACCGCCAUCUCCACGGCCCUCGUCAACAAAGGCUACAAGCUCGAGGUGUCAUCCACCAGUGACGCACAGAAAAAUACCCUGUGGACGUGGAGCAUUACGCCACCUGCUAGUAACGGUGCCUCAGCCCUGGGUAGUGUGAACGUGGUCGCGGACUGGAACGCCUCUGUCGCGGCCGAUAUGCAGAAUGACCAGCACAAAAAUGAGGGCGUCAAUCCAGCAACUCUGUCCAACGCCAGACUCAAUGUUCAUCUCAAUGAACAGACGCCUCACGGUGCGGGAAAUCAUGGCAGCGCAUUGAAUGGUGGCAGCGACGAUGCUAAUGACAACAUUGGCAACCACUUUUCGAAGCUUCAUCUCAGGGCGAUUGAUGCUUGA